CGUCGCUGCCCCUCCCGUCUCAUAAAGAAAUGGCGGCGGGGAGGCCUGGUAAGCUCCUGGCUGCGCUGCUCCUUCUCGAGCUGGGCUCCGCGAUGGGUGGCUGGGUGACCUGCGGCUCGGUGGUGAAGCUGCUGAACGUGCGCCACGGAGUCCGGCUCCAUUCGCACGACGUCCGCUACGGGUCUGGCAGUGGACAGCAGUCAGUGACGGGGAUUACAGCCAUGGAUGACAGCAACAGCUACUGGCGUGUUCGGGGCAAGAUGUCCACUGUGUGUGAAAGGGGCAUUCCUGUAAAGUGUGGUCAGGCAAUCAGACUGACCCACAUCAACACAGGCCGUAACUUGCACAGUCAUCACUUCACAUCACCCCUCUCGGGCAACCAGGAGGUCAGUGCCUUCGGGGAGGAUGGUGAAGGGGAUUUCAUGGACGACUGGAUUGUGCUGUGCAGUGGCCCCUACUGGGAUCAGGGCAGUGAGGUGCAGUUCAAGCACUCCUCCACCCAUGUUCUACUUUCAGUGACUGGCGAACAGUAUGGGCGGCCAAUCCAUGGCCAGCGAGAGGUGCAUGGGAUGGCUUACGCUAGCCAGGAUAGCGACUGGAAGGCAAUGGAGGGUAUCUUUGUGAAGCCUACAGAGCAGCUGAAGAUGGAGCUGCCCCACACAGAGCUCUGACAGCAAGAGGCUGUUCUCUCUGCCCCCUUGGGCAGGGCUGUUCCUGAACCACAGGUGUGACUUGGGAUGCAGCUUUCUCUAGAAGACCCUGCAGAAGUGCCUAAAUGUUUUCCCACCAUGGGAGGAAGGAUUUUUGCCAUUGCACAACAGUAUUUCCCUUUGCCGCUGCCCUCUUUCCAUGCUGUCCUGUUGCUGACAUUUAAGCACAUAUGUGCCUAGAAACCAGCCAUAGACAAGCACUCCUUGGUCAAAGCACAUUGAGAGUUUCAUGGGUUUGAUUCCACUAAUGCUCUGUGUGUGGGAACAGAGAUCCCACUGCAGAUUUUUUUUAAAGGCCUUAAUUUGGUGUGUAGCUAUCCUGCUGUUAACAACCUCUUUGCUUUCUCCUGUCAAACUUGAAAGAAGCCUCUGAACCUCUGCCAGGUUCAGUGACUCACCGUGCUGGAGCCUAGUCACACUGCUUCAGCAGAAAAUGAAACAAGCCUGUUUGUCAGCUGUGCCCUCUGACCUGGAAAUUCUUUCUUGUAUAUCAGGGCUACUUAGGCUUUAUUUAAAGGGGAUGCUUGGAGAAGUAAAAGCACUCUGCUGUGGAGCUUGGCAUUUGCACAGCAUCUCUUUUAAGGCUAUAGAAAAGAGCAAGAGUCCAGUAGCACAUAUAAGACUCACAGCUCACUUCUUCAGAUACAGCUAGAAUGUGAGUCCAUCUGUCAUUAUAUCUUGGAGAAUGGAUCUGAAGCUGUAUCUGAAGAAGUGACUCAAGAAAGCUCACGCCCUACCACAAAUUUUGUUAGUCCUAUGAGUGCUACUGGACUCUUGCCCUUUUCUACUGCCACAGACAGACUAACAUGGCUACCCAUCUAGAUCUAUCUCCUUUAAGGCUGCCGCUCAUGUGAAGCAGCUACAUGACAUGUCUAAGCCUAGCCCACCGUAACACACAGUUCCCCUGAGAGCAUCUCUGGUUAAAGGAGGUGGUAUGCAAGAGCCAAGUCCCAUAGGAUAAUUAUUUUGUCUCAGUUCAGCAUCACCUGUGUAUGAGGCCUGACAUGUAUUGAAAAGCCCUCUUUUCUAUUAUUCUAUGUAAGCAAGAUGCCUCUUGACCUGUGAGAGCAUGUACAAGUAUUAUUAUGGAAGCCCCACUCCUGGUGUGAGUGUGCUAUGUUCUUGACAUCCUCUGAACAUAGGUGUGUUUAUCCAAGCUUUCUGUUGAUUUUUUAAAAAGUGAUUGUAAUGUAGGAUUAUUUUAUUCUGGUACUUCCCCCCCCCCCACUUGCCUGUAAGCUAUCUCAGUUGCUUUGGGGCGGGGAGGGGAGUGUGACAGACAUUAUUAAAACACACGGAUAAAGGAAAGCUUCACACCUGAGCUACAGCACAGCAGGCAUUCCAAAGCCAGACCCUAAAAAUGCUGCAUGAAAAUCUGAACAUAAGAAGAACCCAGAUGGAUCAGACCUGGGGUCCAUUUAGUCCAACAUCUCAUUUCACACAGUAGCCAACUAGUUGGCACGGAGGACCAACAAACAGGGCACAGAAGCUGUGGACUUCACUUGGUUCUGCCUCCAGCUCUAGUACUUGCAACUUAGUUGCCUGUAUAUAUGGAUCUCUCUUUUACUGACCAUGGCUAGUAGCCACCAAUGGACUUCUCCUACAUGAAUCUGUCUAACCUCCAUUAAAAGCCAUUUGCACAUGCAGCCAUCAUUAUAUCCUCUGGCAGUGCAUUCCACAACUUAAUUACUUAAGUAAAAAGUAUUUCCUUGUGUCUGUCCAGAAACUCACCCGUCAGCUUCACUGGGUGCCCCUGAGUGCUAGUAGUAUUGGGGUGGGGGGAGAGAGAGUUCCCUCUAUCAAUUUCCUUCACCUCUUGCAUAGUUUUAUAAACCUCUAGCAUGUCUCCCCUCAAUUGUCUUUUUACUGAAAAGUCCAGGACUCUUAGCCUUUCCUUAUGGAAAAGGCACUCUGAUCCCUUGCUCAUUUUGGUCGUAGGCAGCCAGUUAAUACAACCAUUUUACACGUGGGAAGGAAUGGAGAGGCUGAUGGAGUAGCAAUCAUUCUCAUUUUUCUGGUUAAAUUGCAUUCGCGUUCUUUUCGGAGAGGAAGGACACUAAACUGGCUGCGUUUUCAACAGUGAGGACUGCCUGGAAAUUCUGGAAAUUGGGAUGAGAGGAAAACAGGCUCCUUCAUCCCAGGAACCCUGGGGGGAGGCAGGCUGUAGCUUCUGAGUCAGUAACUUUAGGACUUUUAUCUAAACUCAGUGUGGGCUCUGCUAGUAGAUGUUCAGGUAAACAGACAGCUCUCAUAUUUUAAUAUUCUCAGACUGGAUAGGCACGUUCUGUUUCAGAUGAGAAACCCUGACUUGGAGCAAUUUCUAGGAAGGAUACCUCAGAGUUCUGCUUUUUAUAGCACCGAAUCUAACUUUAAAAAUCACACACAUCCCAAGUGCAGUACAGUAGAGGGGUUAGUUUACUGUGGAAUUAGUUGGCUUUCCUAAGCAAAGACCUACUUGAAUAUUUCCUGGCAUUAUAAGAAGUCAGUGCUUCUCUAAAGUGCUUCAGCCCUGUCAGUCUCCCCCCAAAGUAACCCAAUGAUUCACAACAAAGCCGAUGAAACAACCAAGUGACUCUCAUAGAAUCCAGUUUGUGCUUCUGGAAUAAUUGACCCAUGAAACUGCCUUACACUGAAUGAGACCUUUGGUCCAUCAGGGUCAGUAUUAUCUACUCAGACCAACAGCAGCUUUUCCAGGGCCUCAGGCAGGUCUUUCACGUCAACUGCUACCUCAUUCUUUUAACUGGAAAUGCCAAGGAUUGAACCUUGGACUAUGAAUGCCAAAGCAGAUGCUGUACUGUUGAGUCACACCCCCUCUGCAAGGAUAGGCAGACCCAACUUUCUGCUAUCUUUAUCUCCUAUUUACAAUUUUAAAAUGGCACCUUUAGAUGCUUUGCAGAAACUGACUGGCCUCUGUGUGUGUGUGUAAAGUGCCAUCACAUUGUGGCUGACUUAUGGUGACCCUGUAGGAUUUUCAGACCAAGAGAUGCUUACCUCUGUGUAAUGACCCUGGACUUCCUUGCUGGGCUCUCAUAACAAUACUAACUACAGCUGACCCUGCUUAGCUUCUGAGAUCUGAUGAGGUUGGGCUAGCCUGGGUCAUCUAUCCGACGAAGGGAAAGCUUCUGACGAGAACUGUGAUUCUUGAAAGCUUAUGCUACAAUAAAAUUGGUUAGUCUUAAAGGUGCUACUGGACUCUUUUUGAUUUUGCUACUACAGACUAACACGGCUAACUCCUCUGGACCUGGGUCAUCUAACUGGCUUGUUUAUAAUGUUUUCAAGGGCAUCAGUUUGCCCACUGGGUGAAGCACGAUGGGGGGUGGGGGGAGUCAUUGAGCCAAUCCAAUCCAGUUGCUCCUGUUCAGCGCUAUAGAGCUCUGGACUUUUUUCCAUCUCAAGUUGAAAUAUCCCCUCUUUAACAUCUAUUCGGAAGAUGAGGGAUAUUAGGCAAGGUUGCUCACUACUUAAGACUGUUUAGUGGGUCGCAAUAAGAAGUAGUUAAAAAUCACUAGCGCGACUACCUAAAAUGUAGGUUUUAAGUAUGCUGAAGUUCUUAGGAACAUUAACUUGUUAAAGACCUCGUUUAGCGUCACAUUUCCUAACUUCGGGCUAUGCAUUUGCAUUCAUUGUUUCACCCAAACACCAACCUUCACUUCGGAGAGCAGAUUUCCUAAAGAUGCCUUAUGUUCACUGUUGAACGAUUUGAUAAUUUGUGCUAUUACCUGUAGGAAGUGCCAAAUUUGAUAUUUCUAAUAAACCUGAAA